AUGGGGGGACGAGGCGGGUGGGAGGUAAGGGUGUGGCGGGGUAGGGUGGUGACCGGGGACGGGUGGGGGGGGGCGGGGACGCGGGGGGGGGGGGUGGGGGCGGGCGGGGAGGGGAGGGCGUGGGGGAUGGGGGGGGGGAAUAUAGGCGGGGUCAGCUGGGGUGGGGAGAGCACCGGGAGAGGGGGGGGUGCGAGGCUGCGGGGGGAUGUGGGGCAGCGGAGGCGCCGGUGUGUGGGAGUGCGGGGGGGCGGAGGGGUGCCGACGAGCAGUGCGGUGGGGGGGGGACAGCGGGCAGAGGUGGCUGGGGGUGGGAGCGGGGGGGGGGGGGAUAGCAGCGCGAAGAAAGGGGGGGGUGGCGGGGGGAGGACGUGGAAGGGGGGGGGGGGUGGAGGGGGGGCAGGGGGAGGGGGCAGGGGCUGGGGGGCGGGGGGGGGGCUGGGAGAGGCGGGAUGGCGGGAGGGGGGUGGGAGGGGGGGGGACGGGGAUGCAGCGAGGCGACCGUAG